UAAUUUUCUAAAUUUCGGUAAAAAUGAUUAAAAAUCCAAUUUGCGAAACAUUUACAAAUUUACCUGUGAAAUUUGAUAUUGAAAAACUUGCUGCCGAAUUUAAACCAAGAGAUAAAAAAGAAAAUGUCGAAGCAUCGAAAUCUCCCCAAGAUUUUCUUAAUACUCCCGACAAUAACUGGGUAGUGUUGCCAAUGUUUAGCAAUUACUUGGAUCACUUGAAGCCAUAUCUAUCUUGUCGAACCAACAAGUACAUGCGAUGCCGCUAUAGAAAAUUCCUUGACAAUGUUCCCGAUAGCUAUGUUUCUGUAUCUUUAUAUGGAGCAAACGUCAGCAAUCAACCUUAUCCAAGAAGAAAGUCUCUAACUGGUCAAUUUUAUGGUGUUGAUUUUAAAUUGGCGCCCGUUCCAGCUUCAGCAGAUCCCCGUAGUCCAUUGGCGACUAGGCCAGCCAAAUUAAAACGCCAUUCUGGAUAGUCAAGGUCGGAUGAAAUGGUUUCAUCACAGAAGAGUUAUUUCAAAUAUCAAAUUCGAGAUAAACGACAUUUAAUAAUUUAAAAAUUACCGCCAAAUGACCGAUAAUUUCUAUCGGUUGCAAUAAAUAUCGAACAGAUACAGACUGAAAAUCAACACAAGAUAGGCAACCCUAACAGUGCUCACACGGAAAUUUGGCAACACUGUUCGAUCAAUUGAGACGAAAAAUGUUUACAAAAUGCAUUAAUUGUUGUGGCUUAAUAAUUAUUUAUGUUCUAUUUGCAUGCCUUUUGGUCGAAAACUGUGGCAAGUAUCAAAUUUAGUGUAUUUAUCAUAAAGUUUACGUAAAUAA